AUGUUGCACAACAGUGAUCCGUUCACCUUGCGGAACUCAAGCCAGAAGAGGACGAGCAAAUUUGGACUUUUCCAACUGUUGGCAGGAGGAAGUUUUAAGAAUAAAUUGAAUAAUUGAAGAACCGAUUGAAAAAGGAAAAGCGGAGGCUAGAGAACCAUCCGCGGUGGCUUCUAUUUCCCCUGCGGUGCAGAAGACGCCCUUUUUCAUGGGACCCUUAUGCUGAUGCGCUCAGAGAUUAGAAUCUCUCUCUCUCUCUCGCUCGCUCGCUCUUUCUCGAUGGUCCUGCACAAAUUACAAACGCCUGAUGAGAAAAGCAGCUGCUUAUACAGAAGGGAGCGAUUAACAGUUUAAAUGGUAUAGCUUCGAUAUGCCCCGGCUUCUUCCCCAUGUCACAACAGACAAAAGCGGGAACCAUGAGCUUUUGUCCGCAAGCCUUCAUGUGGGUCUUUCUGAUGAUGUACCAGAUGCCCAAGUGUGCUACUGUACUUGGUGGUUCAUGUUGUGCCAUCCCACCAAUCCAGAGACAUGAAAAAGCAUUCCAGCAGAAAGCCGAUAAGUUUUAUGUGUUUGAAGAGCAAUCAAACAGUUGGAAAGAAGUUCAGUUGCCUUUUGAUCUCUAUAACUGUCUUAAUGGCAACUGUACCAAGGCUGGGUCAAUUGAGCAGCGCCGGGAAGGUGGUGCCUCUAGCAAGAAAAAGGACGAGAAUUCUAAAAUUGAUGAAGGACCGCAUACGGAGGAGAAUAUUGAUCCUGUUUUGCCGCUCAGGAGAAGGACAUCCAUUACCAAAAUGUCAGACUCAUCCGUUUGGGUGACAGGAGAGAGUGGAUCAAUCUACGAAAGGUUUUGGAAUGGUUUACAAUGGGUGAUAACACCACAUGACUUGCCAAUAUCUGCACAUGCAAUUUCUGUUUUCAUCGUCAACCAAACCAUUCUUGCUCUAGACGACGAUGGAGUCCUGCAUAAGCUACAACUAAAUGAGAAUUCGCUGCCAACAUGGGGAGAACUCAAACCUAUAUUUGAAUCAAUCAUGCCAGAAAGAGAAGUUGAACCAAUCGCUGGAAUGCAGAUUAAAACUGGUGUUGUAACAGAGAAUGGCGAGAGACUAUACCUAUCUACCUUGGGAGGUUCGCUUUUGGAAAUCAGAGACCUUCAAUCUUCACGGUGGAUAUAUCACGGGCAACCACCUGGUGGAAGUAUUGCAGCUAUAGCUGGCAUUCCAACUACAAGAACGGACAUAGUGUUUAUAGUAAGUUACAUGGGGGAGCUUUAUGAAUUUGACAUGAGUUCAAAGCCAUCAUGGAAGAAGCACAUAUGGAGUGAACCGUUAGGUCAUGAGACCUUCCUUUUGCCAUGCGGAGGCCAUGUUAUGCAUGGACUGAUUGGAGUUCAUUCACUGUCUAUAUUUCUUUUAACGAAGGAUGGUGUUCUUAUAGAGAGGAGGUUUCAUCAGAGGAAAUGGAAGUGGAUUAUUCAUGGACUUCCUAGAGGCCACAAAUUGAGUGCCAUAACACCAGCUACAUCAAAUGACUUGAGCACAAAAUUUUUCUCGUUGUUCCUUACUACAACAAGUGGAUCCAUCUAUGAAUAUCGGAUCUCAAAAAAUUCAGUGGCAAGACAGGGACAGGAUAAUCCAACCUCGGAAGCAUGGAUCAAUCAUAUGCACCCACCACAUGCAAAGGUCGCCCGGGGCAUUUUAGGACUGCAGCUUCAACCUGGCAGGAUGCUGUUUCCACUGGAUGAUGGCAGGGUCGGAGAGCUCCAUUCGUCAGGAAUUGGAGGACAUAGUGUAGGGCCAAAUAAUCAUGCUAAUGCAAGGAGGAAAACAUCAUCCAGAUAUGAAUGGAGCAUAAUAGAUGCACCAGAAACUGAAGGAUGGAAUGCAGAAUAUUGCACAGAAGGACGUGGACCAUCAAACUGCAUCACUGGGAUAAAGGAUUUAGUUAAUGAACAGGAACUAGAUGACCCCGGAAAAAUAACCAGAAGAAGAAAAAAUCAGGAGUACCAAAGCUACAUAAUGCCAAUUAAAUACACCAACAGCCAACCAGAUGUUUCCGACCAGAACAACAUUUUGACAAAAAAAAUUCAGCCCAUCUUCCGCAUGAGAUCCAUGCACCCGGACAAGUCAUUCUUCCUUGUCACAGAUAACGGUAUAACUUUUGAGUAUCUUUAUACUGAAGGCAUCUGGUUGUGGCUCAGGCAUGAACAUCCGACUCCGAUGAAAGGUAUUUUAGGCAUCUAUAAUGGAAGUUUAUUUUUGGUCGAUAUGCAUGGUAGCCUAUUGAUAAGAGAAAGAAACAGUAAUGGCUUAGCAUGGAUAAACUGCACUUCCAUGAGUAGAGGAAGAAAAGUAUCUACAGGCCCCCCUUGGGAUGGGGUGCCCGGUAAAGUUCAGGUGCCUACAACCGAAGAUUCAUUAUUUUUCAUCAAUAAAAAUGGAAGGCUCCUUCAGUUUAAAGUUGCGUUGAGGAAAUUUGUCUGGAAGGACUGUCGAAACCCCCAAAACAUCAAAGUCAGUUCUAUAGUUGAUCAGGAGGGAUUAAGAUCUAAUAUUGUAUUCGCUGUUGGAAAUAAUGGUCGACUUUAUCAGUUUAACAAAGUUACUGAAUUAUGGCACGAGCAUGAUCAAUCACCUCACUUGUCUCUUUCUAGACUACCCGGAACGGUUUUGAGGCCAUCCAGUUCAUCUUUAUCUGGUUCUUUGUUCAUGCGUUCAGAAGACGGUGGCCUUGUAGAAUAUCGUUGGAAUCCAUUAGAUGGAUGGAACUGGAUGGAACAUGGGACACCGCAUAAGGAUGUCAUUGUUGCCGCUGCACCAGGCCCUAGCUUUCAAGGGAACCAGUUAUUUAUCAUUGGAUCAGAUGGUCAUGUUUAUCUGAGAUACUUAGUAGACAGCGCAUGGAGAUGGCAAAAUUAUGGUUUCCCAUCCAUGGAAAAUCUGGAGUCAGAAUCUGACGACGUAUUAGUGGGAAAUUCAGAGGCUACUGUGGUUAGCAAUCAGAAUAUGAUGCACGAUUGCAAUGAUGAAGACAGCAAGUGCAAUCCAAAGGUAGCACCAGUUCGGCCGAUACCAUUUUCUGAUGAAGCAGCUAUUUUCGAGUUGAGGGAUGGCAGAGUGAGUGAUGUACUUUCUCAGCAGCGAAAACAAUCAGCGACCAACUAAAUAACAUUGGGAGAAUUGCGGAGAACGGGUGAAACGCAGUGGAGCUGGAGCAGGAUUAUCAACACUCCAAGAAGCCAGUGCCGAGCGGCCUACUUGACGGUUUCAGCAUCAUAAGCAUUGUAAAUUAAACAGGUACUGAAAAAAAGACCACGGGUAAGAAGAAAAGGAGAUGGCACGUCCAUGUAAUCUGCUGGGAAUGUAUCAUAUAACCAAUAAAGCAAUGUAAAUCUUCACACGCAGUUCCACGGAUUGCCGUCAAAAUGGAGGAACCACAACAAAUAAAGCGAAGAAAAGUUGCAGAGAAA